CCCAGCUGUUCGAUACCACGCCGUUAAAUGAGUCAUAUUGGGUCAGGUUGGAUGAGAGAGACAAGAAAUGAAGUCAACAAGAGAAAGGAAAAAGCUGCGAUGAUGGAAGGAUACAAAGAGCGAAGGGGUGGGAAAGUAACAGAUGGACUUGGGCGGAUUAGAGCGAAUCUGGGUGGGUUUCUACUGGAAACCAGGAGCGAUGCCGGAAUCAGGAGAAAAAUUCAGGAAACCUGAAUCUAUUAUUCAAGAAGGUUGAGACAAACACAAAGUGAACGUUAUCCAGCCUACAGGUAUUGGUGCAGCAUGAGAGUCACCGGCCAUUAAUCUCCUCCACCUUACCCAAGAUUAAAACAGAUUUACUGGGACCCAGAGGCAGGCCUGAGAUCCUGGACUAAUCACUCCUUCUUUAACCCAAUCCAUCUCGGAGAGGUGAGGGAACAGGUUGAGAAGAGGGAUGUACCAUGAGGCUGGACCUGAUUAGGUGUAAAAUCCGGAUUCUGAGAUUUAAAUCUGCCUUGGAGCGGAAAGAAGAACUCAUCAGGAAGACGGAUAUCGGAGGAGCCUCAAGUCAACAUGAAACACAGCUAGACAGGCGGCUGAUGCUGUAAUACUCUCAAGAAACAAAGAUCUUAAAUUUAAAUCUGAUAACCUGCUUUGUUCGCCUGGUAAAUCCCAAGUUUCUGUAACAGACACUACAGCUGGGAUCCUCCAGCUUCGAUAAGGACGCAACAGCUGGAGCUCCUCAUGCAACUUCCAGUCAGCACAUCUGCCGCAACUUGAUUAAAACCCAGCACUUUCUUUCCCUCUCUGUCCUCUGACCUCUCAUCAGAUAUCUUUCCUCAGACCCCGCCCUCCUUCCAACUCUUCACCACUGCUCAUCUUCCUCACUGACCUUUGUUUCUCUUCUGAAACAUCCUUAAUCUCCUUAUUUUCUCCUCUUCUGCUCCUCCAUGAGUCACUCUCAAACUUCCAAUCAGCCUUCCUGCUUCUUACUUUUCACAAAGUUGUCCUAAUCUUGUUCUUGAGGAUGUUUCAGCCUGCUGACCUUCAUCCCAAUAGGUCACCAAAGCCGGUUGCCAUUUUAGGGACAUCAAGGUAAAACCGUCCCACCGCCUGCCACAUUUCUCCACUGGCUUCAUUCCAGUUGAGCAGUAACAAUGCUGGAGAAAAUGUCCAGACGUAACCGGACCCUGCUGUCCCUGGGUCUCACCUCUCUGGCCCUGACGAUGUCCGUGUCAGCCUUCUGCAGUUCCUACUGGUGUGUAGGGACACACAAAGUGGUGAAGCCAGUCUGCCUGUCACCGGUCAAGAUGAAGAACUGUGGAAAGAACAACAGCCAGCCGUACACAACAGAGGCUCCCACCCAGGACCCCAAGAACCCGGUGUCCAAUGUGACGCUGUCUCCACAGCAGAAGGAGGAACUGGCCCAGAUAAGGAAAAAUCAGUUGGCCAAUGCCGUGCAGUAUCUCUGGGAAACGGGCGAGGACAAGUACAUGCUGAGAUAUUUCCACACGGGUUUCUGGCUUUCCUGUGAAAAACACAACGAAGGAGAUGAUCAGGAAGAAAAGUGCCGCAGCUUCAUUGAACUCACCCCAGGAGAGACACAAGGUGUGCUGUGGCUGUCUGUUAUCAGUGAGUUCAUGUACAUCGGCCUUCUGGCGAUGGGUUUCCUCCUGAUGUGUGUCGAAGCGAUGUGCCUCUGUGCCAAGAAGGAGAUGAGCUCCCUGAAGAUCAACGCCUUCGCUGCAAUGUGCACCGUCCUUUCAGGUAUGAUGGGGAUGGUAGCCCAUAUGAUGUACACCACGGUGUUUCAGAUGACAGUGAGCAUCGGACCAAAAGACUGGAGGCCGCAGUCUUGGGACUAUGGAUGGUCUUUUGCGUUAGCAUGGCUUUCCUUUAGCUGUUGUAUGGCAGCUGCUGUGGCAACACUCAACUCGUACACUAAGACCAUCAUUGAGAUGAAGCACAGAGCCAGGUUGAGGCUGGAGGAGGCCCGAGCUGCUACCAUCGCCCCUUCCUAUGAGGAGGUUGUUCAAGCCGGAGGCGGAGGGCUUUACUCAGUCAGUCAACUGAUUCAUCUCGGCCAGCAGGGGGCCCUCAUGGAUCCACUGUGGCCAAGAGGAGUGGGACCGGCAGUUGGACCUUUGGCAUGCAGUGCUGGUGGGGCCCUGCUGGUUGGAGGUGGAGUCGGGGGCAUCGGGAUGGGAAUGGGAGGAGUUGUAGCUGGAGGAAGCACAGCUAUUGGAGGAGCAGGUGGGAUCGGUGUUGGAGGAAAUGGAGUUGGGAUGGGAAUGGGAAGCACUGGUGGGACAAUGGGGGCAAUGGGAGGAGGUGGAAUGGGAACAGGAAGAAUGGUGGACUCUCACGGAGUCGUAGUUGUGGAGGGAUGCGCCACAGAAGGAUGUGAGGAGUGUGAGCGAGAGCUGGAUGAGAUAGAUUACACUCUGCAGGAGGAAAGAGAGGACUCCAUCUGCUAAAACUUACAGGACUAAGGACUGGUAAACAACACAACACAUGAACAACACAACACAAGACUUGAAGAAUCACCUGUAUUAGGUUUUUUUGUACAUAAACUGUCUUCGAGUUUUUAGAUGUUAGGUGUGUCAGUUUCACUAUCUCUAGACUAAGAUUUCCAAACUUGAAUGGCAUGACUAAACUUUUUUUUUUUUAUCAUGUUUGGUCAUGCCUCAGAAGUUUGCAAUUACAGUUUGGAUUUAUUCAUAUUGCAGUCACAUAAUAAAUAUCCCUCAAGUCUUCUUCCUGAAGAGCUGGUGAGUAUUGUCACAGUAAACCGAUAACAUAGAUAUCUUCAAAGUGGUAUAAAAAAAGACGCAAAGAAAAUGUCACUUGGGGUAAACUAUCGGUGACAUCAACACAAGCCUUGACAUGUAGCACAGCUCUGAAGGGAAACUCAUCUAUUACUUAGAGUCAUGGUGAAAUGGCUGUUGAAAUUUAUGGUUUCAGUGAAUAAAUGAUCUGGCUUUAUACCAUAAUUUAUUUAACUGUUGUCUCAAGUAUACAAAACCAAACACCAAAGACUUCAUAUAUUUUAAGAGAACAAUUCCCUAUCUGUAAUGCUUUAGAUUUAGCCUAACCUUACUCAUACUCAUAUAAGGACAUUUGCUGGUAAUUAAUCUAAGACUGAAAAAUUCAAGAGAUUUUGUGAAUACAUGAUACAAGAUGGUCACAUUCCACAGCAGCUUCUUUAAGUUUACUCAUCGUUAUCAGGACAAGUAAUAGAAAACUGAACCAGUUUACUUGUGUAAAACUAGCCUUACACUGACUUUUUAUGUGAAUGAAUGUGUUUUAUCAGUGAUUUAGAUAAUCACAAUUCAAAAUUACAACUUCUCAGGGCAAUUGAUUUUAGUUAUGUACUUUUUAGCCACAACUUUUCAGAAAUACUUAUGGACAUGACAAAAGUUGCACAUAUGCACAUGUAGUGACAGAGUGACAAGAGACAUUUUGAAUUUAGUGCGGCAUGGAUGCCCUGCUUCCUCCUGUUGUACAACUGCAGAUAUGAAAAAUAAAAAACAAAACUGA